AUGUUUACCUAUCAUAAUAAUCUUGAUGAAGACAAAUCACAAGGUGAUUCCAAAGAUUCGAAAACACCAAACAGUUUGCAUUUAAAUGAUAAACUCGACAUCUCAACAAACAAUGGUCCUCACGAAACUGAAAGUGUUGAUAAUUUGGAUAAUAUAUCUAGUCCUACACCGAAAGGUGACAUAAUCAGUCUAGCAGAUCUUAUAAAAAAUCGUAUCUGUUUGACAGAUUUUGAUCCAGAAUCUCACUGGCAUGAUAUACAUAACAGCAUAAUUGAAAAAGAGUUUGCCAUUGAUGGACAUAACUUACUUAUAUGUUAUAUGUUAAACAAAAAUGAAUUAAAAUUGCAAUUUGAAAUACCAAGAUUUCUAUGCAAUGAAAUUAACUAUUUUAUUUUCACACCAAAUAUAAAUAAAGAAAAACUAACCGUUGAUAAUUUUGAUUUAUGUAUACAAUAUGGUAAUAUAUCUGGUUCAGCUAUUCAAAGUUUACUUGGUAUUAUGUCAUCAUUAUUUGCACCAAAUCUAUUUACUAAUAUAUCAUGGCCAGAUAGUAUACGUAAUGAUUUUUCAUUACAAUUACAACGUUUUAUGUCAUCAUUAACUGAUACAAGAUGGAAAUUAGAUAAUAAAACUGUAUUAUAUAUCCCAUUAGAUAGUUUAAAUGUAUUACCAGAAAUAGCUAUUAAAGAUAAAGAAUUAAUAAAUCGUUUAGAAAUGAUUAUUAUACAUUGGACAAGACAAAUUAAAACUGUAUUAAAUAUACAAAAUAUAAAUGAUCAUUCAACUAUUAUAAGUCCAUUAGAUGAAAUACAAUUUUGGCAUAAUCGUUGUGAUGAUUUAACUGGUAUUAGUAAUCAAUUAAAUAAAUCAAUUAUUCAACAGAUUAUCAAUAUUUUAUUGAUUGCUAAAUCCACAUAUAUUACAAAUUUUUUAAAGUUAGCAGAUGAAAUUAAAUGGAAUACAGAACAAGCACAAAAUAAUAUUAAAUUUUUAGAUAAAAUUAAAGAUAUAUGUUUACAAUUAAAUGAAUUAAAACCAAAGGAUAUACCUGAUAAAUUACCACAACUUAUUAAUAUGAUACGUAUUAUAUGGACUAAUUCAAAAUAUUAUAAUAAUAAUGAAUUAAUAACUAAUUUAUUUAAUAAAUUAUCUAAUCAAAUAAUCAUUCGAUGUUGUUCUAUUAUAUCAUUAAAUGAUAUCUAUAAUGGAAAAAUUAUAAGUAGUAUAUUCAAUUUAAAUCAAUGUAUUUAUUGUUGUGAACAAUAUAAAGAUAUUUAUAAUAAAUUACGAUUAAUGCAUAUACAUAAUUCAAUGAAACCAUGGGAUAUACAAAAGAAUAGUAUAUUUGCACAAAUUGAUGCAUUUAUACAAAGAUGUCGUGAUUUAUUAGAAGUAUGUCAAUGUCUAAAACAUUUUGGCCGUUACGAAGAUGGUAAUAAAACAACAAUGCCAAUACUUCAAGGAAUUCGUGGCCCAGAAGUUGAAAACCUCCUGUUAACGAUUGAACAAAUGUUUGGGAAAUUGAUGAAUAACCUAUUUGAGAAUCGUCAUUGUAUAUUGGAUAUAAAGGCCACAUCAUGGCACGACAAUUAUAAUCGUUUUAGAAUUGGUAUUAAAGAUUUAGAGGUGAUGAUGCAAAAUGCAAUUAACACAGCCUUUGAAACGGUCACAACUAUACAACAAGGGGUCGAAAUGCUAGAUAUUUUUGCUCAUCUUCGAAGUCGUGAGACUAUUCGAAGAACUAUUGAUCAUCGAACAAGUGAAUUAGUUUCACGUUUUGGUGAUUGUUUAAAUCAAAUAAAAAAAGAGAUGACACAACGUGUUAAUACUGGCCUUCCCAUACCAACUGAAGCGUAUUAUAGUGGACAAGCUUUAUACUGGAAAUUUUUACGUCGCCGAUUAGAAAAAGAUAUGCUGGCUUUAGAUCAAGCCUUUUUCUUACCAUUAUCUGACGCUGGUAUGUCAGAAUAUCGUCAACAAUGUACACAACUAACUGAUGCACUAGAUGAUUUAACUAAGAAAAUAUUUAAUGAAUUUCAAACAACCAUUGAACCAGAUCCAUUGAAAUGUCUUGAUUUACCUGUAUUAACACGUAGUACAUUACAAUCUGGUAUGCUUGAACCAAAUUUCAAUGGAACAACUCUUAAAUUACUUAAUGAAUUACAUUAUUGGUCUAGGCUUGGUUUCGAACUACCAACAAAUACUAAUGAAGCAUAUCGAAGACGAAUAGAAUUAAAAUAUCUCUAUGAUAUCAUAUUAAUCAUUGUUCGUGAUUAUAAUCAUAUCAUAAGUUCAUUAAAUAAUGAUGAACGUGCAUUAUUUAAAGAACGUAUUAAAAUGUUAGAUAUAAAAUUAAUACCAGGUUUAACAAAAUUACAUUGGACAGUAAAAGGUUUAGUUGAAAUGUUCGUUAAUGAUUGUCGUAUACUAGCAAAUAAAUUACAAUUAAAAGUUGAUGAAUAUAAAUUAGCAAAUAUAAAUAUUAAAGAAAAUUGUGAAGAAAUUGCACAAACUUUAUUAAUUAAAUUACAAUCAAAUCGUAUUUAUGAAAAUACUGAAUUUGAUGAUUAUAUCAUAAGAAAGUUGCAUGAAGUGAAAGAAACAUUUGUUUCUGAAAGUGCCGAUAUUCAAAUGCAUUGGUGGAAAUAUACAGAGAAAAUGGAUCAUUUUUGUGAAGAAGCAUUCAGAAUAAACGUUAAAUCAUCAUUAUGUGAAUUGCAGAAAGCAAUAAACGGUGAUGGACGAAAUGAUCCUAAUCCUCUAUUCAAAGUAUCAUUGAAUUUAGAUAAUGAUGUUUUAAUAUUUUCUCCAACACUUGGUCAACUAACACUUGUUGUAGCUUCAUUAGGCAGUAAAUUCGCAGAAAUCAUUUCAGUUAUUCCUCGUCUACCUGAUUUGUUAGCCCAAGCUAAGUCUACAAAACCACCAAUUAGUGAAGUUAUUGCAACAGAUGAAGAAAUUAAUAAAAUACAAGCAAGUAUUAAACGUGGAAUGCAAGAAAUUGGUACAGCAGUUCAUGAACCUCUUAGUUAUUGGGAUCAAUUUAGAGAAAUAUGGGAAUUGCCUAAAGAUGAUUUUAUACAAAGAUAUCGACAAUUAAAUCCACAUGUUACUUCAAUUGAUGCUGAUAUAUCUAGAUAUACGGAAGUAAGUAAUAAAGUCUUAGAUGCAGACACUAUGGUUACGACAAAGUUUUUACAACUGGACUUUAGUUUAUUAAAAAAUGCAAUAGCUGCUCACUGUCGAGACUGGCAGAUGCGUUUAAUCAACCUUUUACUUUCAAUGACAGAAGAUUCAUUAAAUGGGGUUUAUACAUAUAUGAAUGAUGUUCAAGAAAGAAUUCUUCGACCACCAUUGAAUUUAGAUGAACUUGGCGAUUCUAUUCAACUUUUGGAACAAAUAUUAUCUGAGCAAAUUGAAAUUCAAGCGAAAUUUGGACCUUUGGAAGAACAAUUCGCUAUUCUAGAUAAAUGUGAAGUAACGUAUUCUGAUGAAAUAUCAAAUCGUAGAGUAAACUUGGCUAAUGAUUGGGUACAAUUUCAAAGUUCAUUAGCUUCAGCUGAAGUGAUGAUUAAAAAAUCCAAAGAGAAAUUCAAAGUUGGUUUAUUGAAUGAUACGGAAGAAUUUAAACGUGCAGUAUCAAAUCUUUUACAAGAACUACAAAUGAAAGGACCAUAUGCAGCUAAUCUUAAACCACAAGAAGCAAUUGAUAUUAUCAACCAAUUCUUGGAACAAUUAGAUAAUCUUAAAAGUCAUGAAUUAGAAUUACGUCAUGGAUUAAAUUUAUUUAAAAUAGAACAGCCACCUUUUAAAGAAAUUGCGAUCAUAGAGAAAGAUUUAGAUAUAUUGAGCACUAUUUGGACUACAAACAUGGAGUGGGAAAAUAACUGGGAAAGUUGGAAGGCUGGACGAUUUUAUGAUCUACAAACAAAUGAAAUGGAAAACUUGGCUAAUGCACAAUUUCGUAAAUUUACCAAAUGGGCACGUGAUUUGAAAGAUAGAAAUUGGGAAAUUAUUGAAGUUAGUAGAAAAAAAGUUGAUCAGUUUCGUCGUACAUUACCACUGAUCACAGAUUUACGUAAUUCAGCUAUGCGUACAAGACAUUGGGAUAAAAUUAAAGAAGAAAUGAAUACACAAUUCAAUGUAGAUUCUGAUGAAUUUACAUUAGAAUGUAUAGUAGAAUUAGGAUUUGAACAAUAUUCUGAUUUAAUUAGUGAAAUAUCCGGCGCAGCAACUAAAGAAUUAGCUAUUGAAAAAGCCCUUGAUACAAUGGAACGUUUUUGGCAAAAUAAUGAACUUGAUAUGAUAUCAUACAAAGAUAAAAGUAUUUAUAAGAUUAGAUCUACAGAUGAAAUAUUUGAAGCAUUGGAAGAUAAUCAAGUUCAAUUGUCAACAAUGAAAACAUCGCGAUUUGUCAAACCAUUUGAACAUCUUGUUGAUAAUUGGGAACGUGUACUUUCAUUAAUUACAGAAACUAUUGAAGCUUUAUUAACUGUACAAAGGCAAUAUAUGUAUAUGGAAACUAUAUUUCUUGGUGAAGAUAUUCGUAAACAAUUACCAAAAGAAUCUGUAUCAUUUGAUAUGAUCAAUAUACAAUGGCAAUCGAUCACAACAUAUUUAUAUGAAACACGUAAUACAAGAACAUGCGCAAGUUUAUUGGAUCAAAUCAAUAAACUUGUACAAAGUUUAGAAGAAAUACAACAAUCAUUAGAUAUGUAUUUAGAGACAAAACGUCAAAUAUUUCCUCGGUUCUAUUUUAUAUCAAAUGAUGAUUUACUCGAAGUAUUAGGACAAGGUAGAAAUCCCGAAGCUGUUAUGCCACACCUGAAAAAAUGUUUCGACAAUAUUACUCUCUUGAGAUUAGAAAAGACAAAUUUUCUAGUAUAUAAUGCCUUAUCAAUGUUUUCAUUGGAUGGUGAAGAAGUGCCAUUCAAAAAUAAAGUUCGCCUUGAUGGUCCUGUAGAAUCAUGGUUAGGCGAUAUUGAAGAACAAAUGUAUAAAACAUUAAAGGAUAUGUUAAGAGAUUGUAGAAUUGCUUUAAAGAAAGCAGCAAACAAGCGUGAUAAAUUUAUUAAAGAAUGGCCAGGGCAGUUAUGUAUUACAUCAAGUCAAAUUCAAUGGACAGCUGAUGUUACAAGAGCAUUACAGUUGGUAUCAAAUAGACAAGACAAAAGACCAUUGAAAUCAUUAAAACAUAAACAAAAGAAUCUUUUAGAAAAAUUUUCAGAAAUAAUACGUUCAAAUUUAACAAAAAUUCAACGUUUAAAAAUUAAUGCCCUCGCUGUUAUUGAAGUUCAUCAACGUGAUAUUAUUGACAAACUUUAUAAAAUAGGCUGUAAUGAUAUAAAUGCUUUUGAUUGGUUAAGUCAACUUCGAUUUUAUUGGGAAAAGGAAGCAGAUGACUGUUUUGUUCGACAAACAAAUACAUCUUUUCGUUAUGGUUAUGAAUAUUUAGGCAAUUCUGGACGACUAGUUAUUACACCUCUUACUGAUCGUUGUUACAUAACACUGACAACUGCAUUACAUUUACACAGAGGUGGUUCGCCUAAAGGACCUGCUGGAACUGGUAAAACAGAAACAACUAAAGAUUUAGGCAAAUCGCUUGGGGAUUAUGUAAUUGUUGUUAAUUGUUCAGAAGGUUUAGAUUAUAAGUCUAUGGGUCGUAUGUUUGCAGGUUUAGCUCAAACUGGUGCAUGGGGAUGUUUCGAUGAAUUCAAUCGUAUAAAUAUAGAAGUAUUAUCAGUCGUAGCGCAACAAAUACUAUCAAUUCUAUCUGCAUUAGCGGCAGCUGAUCAAUCAGACUAUCAAAAUACUAAAACAAGAUUUAUGUUUGAAGGUCGAAUGAUUCAGUUAGUAUGGUCAUGCGGUAUAUUUAUUACAAUGAAUCCUGGUUAUGCUGGACGUACAGAAUUACCAGAUAAUUUAAAAUCUAUGUUUAGACCAAUUGCAAUGGUGGUACCAGACUCAUCAAUGAUAGCAGAAAUUACAUUAUUUGCCGAAGGUUUUAGUUCCACAAAGAUUUUAGCCAAGAAAGUAUUUACACUGUAUAAUUUAACUGUACAACAAUUAAGUAAACAAGAUCAUUAUGAUUUUGGUCUACGCGCACUAGUAUCUGUACUACGUUAUGCUGGUAAGAAGAAACGUGCCAAUCCAAAUAUGUCAGAUGAAGAAUUGUUAUUAUUAUCAUUGAAUGACAUGAAUCUAGCUAAGCUUACUUCAGUGGAUUUACCAUUAUUUGAAGGUAUUAUUACUGAUUUAUUCCCAAGUAUUGAACCACCUACAAUCGAUUAUUCAAAGAUUAAAAAUGCUCUGCAAGAAGAAUGUAAUAAAAUCAAUCUGCGUAUGACACCGUUUACACUAACCAAAGUUAUACAACUGUAUGAAACCAAAAGUUCGAGACAUUCAGUUAUGAUAGUUGGCAAAGCAUUAUCAGGGAAAUCUACAACAUGGCGCCUACUUAAAGCAGUCCACAAUUCAUUGGCCAAAGUACCUAACUCUGACUUUGAAAUGGUUACAGAAUAUUCAUUAAAUCCUAAAUCCUUAUCUUUAGGAGAAUUAUAUGGAGAAUUUAAUUUAUCAACAAAUGAAUGGACAGACGGUGUACUUUCAAGUAUUAUGCGACAAACGUGUUCAGAUGGGUCGCCAACAUUAAAAUGGAUAAUAUUCGAUGGACCAGUAGACACGUUAUGGAUUGAAAGCAUGAACAGUGUUAUGGACGAUAAUAAAAUCUUAACAUUGAUCAAUGGAGAAAGAAUUUCAAUGCCUGAACAAGUCUCACUACUUUUUGAAGUGGAAGAUUUAUCUGUAGCAUCUCCCGCGACUGUAUCACGUUGUGGUAUGGUUUACAAUGAUGUAAAUGAUUUAGGCUGGUGGCCGUAUGUUGAAUCAUGGUUGUCGAAAAAGACAAAUAAGGUAUUAGUUGAAGAAACAAAACGUUUCUUCACUAAAUACAUUGACAAUUUAUAUGAAUAUAUCAGACUGAACUGCAAUAUUAUCAUUCCAAUGAGUUUAACUAAUACAAUUAUUUCGUUAUGUAAAUUAUAUGAUAGUUUGGCGACUCCUGAAGUAUGGGCAAAUCCUGCAGAUGUAGACUAUUAUCCGCGUUUAUUGGAAAUGACGUUUCAAUUUUGUUUGAUAUGGUCUGUUGCAUGUCUAGUUGAUGAGGAUGGUCGUAAAAAAGUUGAUGCAUAUAUCCGUGAAAUUGAAGGAAGUUUUCCAAAUAAAGAUUCAAUCUAUGAAUAUUAUGUAGAUCCUAAAUCAAGAUCAUGGAUUCACUGGGAGGAGAAAUUAAAUACUGGAUGGAAAUAUUCACCGAAUGUACCAUUUCAUAAAAUACUAGUACCAACUGCAGAUACAAUUCGGUAUAAUUUUCUCCUGGAUUGCACAGUUAAACAAAAAUAUCCUGCUCUACUAGUUGGUUCUGUUGGGACUGGAAAAACAUCAUUAGCUUUGGAUUUAUUAAGGAAUUUAGAUUCAACACAAUGGAUUAAUCUAAUAAUUAAUAUGUCUUCACAAACAACAUCAAACAAUGUUCAAGAUAUUAUUGAAGGACGAGUAGAGAAACGUACAAAAGAUACAUUUGUACCUGUUGGAGGUGGUAAAAUGCUUACAUUUAUGGAUGAUUUUAAUAUGCCUGCUAAAGAUAGCUCUGGUUCUCAACCACCUCUUGAAUUAAUUCGUCAAUGGUUAGAAUAUGGAUUUUGGUAUGAUCGUGCAAAACAAACUAGAAAGAAAAUAAAAGGUAUGCAACUUUUUGCAGCAAUGGGUAUACCGGGUGGUGGAAGAAUGAUAUUAUCUCAACGAUUACAAGCCCAUUUUCAUCAAAUUGUUGUCACAUUUCCAACGGAGGCCAAUCUUAAACGCAUUUAUGGAACUAUGAUCACUCAAAAAUUACAAGAAUUUCAAGAUGAAGUUAAAUCGAUGGCUGAUAAUUUAACUCAGGCUUCAAUUGAUUUAUAUCAUGCAAUUGUUAACAAAUUUUUGCCAACUCCAACAAAAAUACACUACUUAUUCAAUUUAAGAGAUAUUUCCAAAAUCUUUCAAGGUUUACUUCGAGCUAGUAAAAAGUAUAUUGAUACUCGUAACUCAAUGCUUCGUUUAUGGAUUCACGAAGGAUUACGUGUAUUUUAUGAUCGUUUGGUAGAUGAAAAAGACAGGGCAACAUAUCUCGAUCUGGUAGGUGAAUCAUUGGCCAGUUACUUCGAUCAAACAUAUCAUGGUUUGUGUCCGUCUAAACAGUCUCCAAUAUUUGUGGAUUUUAUGAAUCUUGAUAAUUCAUAUGAAGAUGUUACAGAUUUAGAUAGACUACGUAAAUUUAUGGCCCAAACUUUAAAAGAAUAUAAUGAAUCUCCUGGUAUGGUACAUGUAGAUUUAGUCAUGUUUCGUGAUGCAAUUGAACACACGUGCAAAGUUGUUCGUGUAAUUAAUCAACCAAGAGGUAAUAUGCUAUUAAUUGGGAUUGGAGGUAGUGGUCGUCAAAGUUUAAGUCGUUUAGCAGCCUAUAUAUGUGAAUAUAAAACAUUUCAAGUUGAAGUCACAAAACACUACCGUAAACAGGAAUUCCGAGAAGAUUUAAAGAAAAUGUAUUUUCAAGCUGGGGUUGAAAAUAAACCAACAGUAUUCUUAUUUACUGAUGCACAAGUGUUAGAUGAGUCAUUUUUAGAAGAUAUUAAUAAUAUGUUAAGUUCUGGUGAAGUGCCUAUUUUAUACAAAUCAGAUGAAUUUGAAGAGGUUAAACAAGAAUUACUUGAAGUUGCUAAACAAGAAGGUAUUGCAGAGUCGACUCAGGCAAUAUUUCGUUUCUUCAUUGAACGAGUUCGUGCUAAUCUACAUAUUAUUUUAUGUAUGAGUCCUAUUGGUGAACCAUUUCGUAAUCGUAUUCGAAUGUUUCCAGCAUUCGUUAAUUGUACUACAAUUGAUUGGUUUAGUGAAUGGCCACUUGAAGCUUUACUAGAAGUAGCUGAGAAAUAUUUAGCAUCCGUUGAUAUUAACAUUAAUGAACCAGAUCCCCAACUUUUGGUUAAAAAACAGGGAAAAAUGAGAAUAAGUGUUGCGAAAAUAUUCGCUAACAUGCAUCGAUCGGUUACUGAUAUGGCUGUGGUCAUGCUUAAUGAAUUGAAACGAUAUAAUUACAUUACACCAACCAAUUACUUAGAAUUUGUAUCUGGGUACAAAAUUCUUCUUUAUCAAAAACGUCAAGAAUUAAGUGAUAAAGCAAAUAAAUUAACAAAUGGUCUUGAUAAGAUUGAUGAAACAAGAAAAAAAGUUGAAGUAAUGUCUGUGGAAUUAGAAGAAGCUAAAAAGAAAGUGUCAUCAUUUCAAAAAGAAUGUGAUGAUUACUUAGUAGUUAUUGUUCAACAAAAACGUGAAGCUGAUGAACAGGCUAAAUCUGUUAUGCAAACUCAAGAAAAAAUUAAAAUAGAUGAAGCUAAAUGUUUACAUAUGGCUGAAUUAGCUCAAGCUGAUUUAGCACAAGCUAUGCCAGCUUUAGAAGCAGCUGUACAAGCAUUGGAGUCAUUAAAUAAAAAAGACAUCACGGAAAUUAAAUCAUAUGGCAAACCACCUCUCCUAGUGCAAAAGGUUCUUGAAGCCGUAAUGAUUCUUCGAGGGGCUGAUCCAAGUUGGGCUGAAUCAAAAAGACAAUUAGGUGAACAAGAUUUUAUUAAACAACUUAUAAAUUUUGAUAAAGACAAUAUUAGUGAUAAAACUUUGAAAAAAAUUGGUCAGUAUUGCUCACAAGAUGAUUUUCAACCUGAUGUAGUUGGUAAAGUUUCAAGUGCAGCGAAAUCGUUAUGUAUGUGGGUUCGAGCAAUGGAUGUUUACGGUCGCGUUUACAGAGUUGUUGAACCAAAGCGUCAGAGACUUAAACAAGCUGAAGAAGUAUUACAUGAGAAACAAGCACAAUUAGCAGCUGCACAAGCUAAACUUGAUGAAGUGAAUGCUGAAAUGCGCCGUUUACAACAAGAAUAUAAUGAAAAGAUGGAACAAAAAGAAGAGUUACGUAAAAAAGCUGAACACACGGAGAAAAUGUUAGACAGAGCUAGUAAAUUAGUCAGUGGUUUAGCUGGUGAGAAACUACGAUGGGAAGCUAGUGUUGCUGAUCUAUUACGUAAAAUUGAUCUAUUACCUGGUGAUUGUUUAUUAGCUUCCGCUUUCUUAUCUUAUAUGGGUCCAUUUUUAAGUGAAUAUCGUGAGAAAUUAAUUACUAAUUGGUUGGAAUUAAUUAGAACUGAGAGUAUACCAGUAACUGAUCCAUUUGUCUUUACUGAAUUUUUAGCUGAUCCAACACAAGUUAGAGAAUGGAAUAUACAAGGAUUACCACGUGAUACAUUUUCAGUUGAAAAUGGUGUAAUUGUAACGCGAGGUAAUAGGUGGCCAUUAAUGGUUGAUCCACAAAAUCAAGCUUUAAAAUGGAUUAAAUCAAUGGAAGGCAAAGAAUUACGAAUAAUUGACUUACAAACACCGGAUUAUAUGCGUACAUUAGAAAUUGCUGUACAACAUGGUCAACCAGUUUUAUUGCAAAAUGUUCAUGAACAAUUAGAUCAGGCUUUAGAUCCAUUAUUAACUAAAUCACUGAUUAAAGUUGGUGGUACAUUAUUAAUGAAAUUGGGUGAUAAAGAAAUUGAAUAUAAUGAUAAGUUUAGACUUUAUAUCACCACUAAACUACCUAAUCCUCAUUAUACACCAGAAAUAUCCUCUAAAGCGUUAAUUGUAAAUUUUGCUGUAAAACAACAAGGAUUAGAAGCACAAUUGCUUGGUAUUGUAGUACGUAAAGAACGUCCUGAAUUAGAAGAACAAAAAGAUAAUUUAGUCAUAGGGAUUGCAGCUGGUAAACGUAAACUUACAGAAUUAGAAGAUGAAAUUUUAAGACUGUUAAAUGAAGCACAAGGAUCUUUAUUGGAUGAUGAACAACUUGUAAAUACUUUGCAAACAUCGAAAGUUACAUCAUCUGAAGUCACUGAACAAUUGAAUGUUGCUGAAAAAACUGAAAUACAAAUUGACAAAGCUCGUGAAGGUUAUCGUCCAUCUGCACAACGUUCUUCAAUUUUAUUCUUUGUAUUGAAUGAUAUGAGUCGAAUAGAUCCCAUGUAUCAAUUUUCUUUAGAAGCAUACAUUGAUUUAUUCACUUUAAGUAUUGAUAAAAGCCCAAAAUCAACAAAAUUAGAUGAUCGUAUCACAAAUUUAAAUGACUAUCACACUUAUGCUGUGUAUCGUUACACAUGUCGUGGUUUAUUUGAACGACAUAAACUACUAUUUUCAUUUCAUAUUUGUUUAAAAAUACUUGAGUCAGCUGGUAAAGUUAAUGAAGAUGAAUAUAAUUUUUUUCUACGUGGCGGUGUUGUAUUAGAUCGUGAAAAUCAAUUUGAUAAUCCAUGUACAACAUGGUGUACAGAACAAUGUUGGGAUAAUAUUACAGAAUUAGAUAAAUUAGCUAGUUUUCAUGGUAUUGUUACAUCAUUUGAACAAUAUUCAAGAGAUUGGAAUUUAUGGUAUACAUCAGCUGAACCAGAAAAUAGUUCUUUACCUGGUGAAUGGGAUAAUACAUUAAAUGAAUUUCAACGUAUGCUUAUUGUUCGUUCAUUAAGACCAGAUCGUGUAUCGUUUUGUGCAACACGUUUUAUUGUAAAUAAUUUAGGUAGUCGAUUUGUUGAACCCCCCGUUUUGGAUAUGAAACAAGUAGUUGAUGACAGUUCAACUAGAACACCAUUAAUAUUUGUAUUAUCACCAGGUGUUGAUCCUACAGCUGGUCUAUUACAACUAGCUGAUAAUUGUGGAAUGAGUAAGAAAUUCCAUGCGUUAUCAUUAGGUCAAGGUCAAUCACCGAUUGCUACACGAUUAAUUAAAGAAGGUAUACGUGAAGGAAAUUGGAUAUUUCUUGCUAACUGUCAUCUUUCAUUAUCAUGGAUGCCAGCAUUGGAUAAAAUUGUUGAACAAUUGGGUAUGGAAGAAAUACAUAAUGAUUUUCGUUUAUGGCUUUCAUCAAGUCCAAACCCAGCUUUUCCUAUUUCAAUUCUACAAGCUGGUAUUAAAAUGACUACAGAACCGCCAAAAGGUUUACGUUCAAAUAUGAAGCGGCUUUAUCAUCUUAUUAAAGAAGAUCAAUUUUCCUUAUGUCAGAAACCAGAGAAAUAUAAAAAACUCCUAUUUUCAUUGUGCUAUUUUCAUUCAGUAUUAUUAGAACGCAAAAAGUUCCUUAUGCUCGGUUGGAAUAUUCCAUAUGAAUUUAAUGAUUCUGAUUUUGAAGUAUCUGAACAUUUGUUAACAAAUUAUUUAGGCCAAUAUGAUGAAACUCCAUGGGAUGCAUUACGCUAUUUAAUUGCUGAUAUUAAUUAUGGUGGCCAUGUUACUGAUGAUUGGGAUCGUCGUUUAUUAAAUACGUACAUUAGUGAUUAUUUUAGAGAUGAAGUAUUGAAAGAACCAUUUUAUAAACUAUCGUCACUGCCAUAUUAUUAUAUACCAAGAGAUGGUACAUUAAAUGCUUAUCGUGAAUUUGUUACACUUUUACCACAAAUUGAUCAUCCAGAAGCAUUUGGUCAACAUCCUAAUGCAGAUAUCACAUCACAAAUUCAAGAGACACGAGUUCUUCUAGAUACAUUGCUUUCAUUACAACCUCAAGUAUCACAAGGUACAGGUGUUUCACGUGAAGAAAAAGUUCUUGACUUAAUUGAUAAUUUACAAAAGCAGUUACCUGGAGAUAUUGAUUUUGAAGGUACUAUGAAAAUGUUUGCAACAGAUCACUCACCACUAGUGGUUGUUCUACUGCAAGAAAUACAACGUUACAAUCAUCUUCUUGGUUUAAUACGCAAUCAACUAUCAGAUUUAAGUAAGGGUAUUCAAGGCUUGGUUGUAAUGUCAUCAGAACUCGAACAGAUAUUCACUUCAAUUUUUGACGGACAUGUUCCAAAACAAUGGAGCAAGACAUAUUCUUCACUAAAACCUUUAGGUUCGUGGGCAAGAGAUUUAGCAGCACGUGUUGAAUUAUUCGCUAAAUGGGCUAGUACAACACAUCCACCAAAAUUAUUUUGGAUUGGUGCAUUCACUUUUCCAACAGGUUUUCUUACAGCAGUUCUACAAACAUCAGCAAGAAAAAAUAAUAUUUCUGUAGAUAGUUUAAGUUGGGAAUUCAGUGUACUUGCUACAAGUGAUCCUAAUGUUUUAGUCACUCCAAAAGAUGGUGUCUAUAUAAGUAAUUUAUAUUUACAAGGAGCUGGAUGGGAUAGAAAAAAUUAUUGUUUAAUUGAAGCUGCACCAAUGGAAUUAGUAUGUCCAAUGCCUGGUGUACAUUUUAAACCAGUAGAAAAUAAAAAGAAAUCAUCUAAAAAUAUUUAUGUAGCUCCAUGUUAUUAUUAUCCAAAUCGAGCUGGUACAACAGACAGACCUUCAUUUAUGCUUGGAGUAGAACUAAAAACCGGUGAAAAACCACCUGAACAUUGGACUAAACGAAGUACUGCACUUCUGAUGAACUUGGACGUCUAA